UUGUCUCAACUUUUGAGACCCACCCGGAGAGUGGGAACUAGCUGGUCCAGUAGGCGAUGCCUUCUGAAUGACUACCAUCUUAUGAAGACUUGCGCUGUCAUCCAGCUUUUAAAGCUGGACUGAUUUGCAGACUUGGGGUUGGGCUCUUUGCUUGUUUGCUCAGGAAUGCGCCCGGCCUCAUUCUUCUGCCUUGCCGCCAGCAGCCUGUCCACCUGCUCUGCUCCUACCUUUCACCUGACCCCCCGUCUCCCUUCUGACUCAGGUUUGCUGCGAAUCCUGGCCGUGCUGUUCACCUUGGCAACAACUUGGUUUUUUGUCAACACCUAUUUCAAUCACACUGGCAUGAAAUCCAUCAGCCUGAGGAGCUGGCUGGGUAGCGGAGUGAAGCCGACCAAGAAGCACAUUGUCCGGCAUAAAUGCGGCAACCAAAGACCCUGCCCCAGCCAUAGUUUCGCCUUCAGAAUCACUAGCGGCGCAGCCAAUGUGGUCGGACCUUCCAUGUGCUUCGACAAUGUUAAGGUGUUAAGCAGCAUAAAAAAUAACGUUGGUCGGGGUUUAAACAUUGCGCUUGUCAAUGGAAGCAGUGGACAUCUUCUCAAGACAGCUGCCUUUGACAUGUAUUCUGGAGAUGUCAAGCAUCUCUUGGAUUUCCUGAAAGCAAUUAGUGCAGGUACCAUCGUUCUCGUAGCUUCCUACGAUGACCCAGCAACAAAGCUGAACGAUGAAGCACGGAAGUUGUUUGCUGAACUGGGAAGCAGCCACGCUACCAAGCUGGGGUUUCGAGACAACUGGGUGUUUCUUGGAGGGAAGGGGCUCAAAAACAAAAGCCCCUUUGAGCAGCACCUAAAAAAUGAUAAGGAGACAAACAAGUAUGACGGCUGGCCUGAGCUUCUGGAAAUGGAGGGCUGUGUACCUAAGAAGAUGGAAUGACAAUGAGCUAAAUUCAGAACAGCUACCGGUGGCCCCCAGCUGACAGACUUUUCACUUUGCCUCAGAUAUGGUGGAACCAAUUUGAACAGACUCAACCCUCUGCCCUGUGAGGUUUUGAACACAGAGUGCUCUCUGCCAUCCUUCAUUUCAGCACAGGGCCAGCAGGAUUUCAGUGCACUGUUGUGUUGUAUUAAUAAUAGAUUCUACAGAGGUGAAGAAGUGGAUCUGUGAAAGGUAUUCAGCAAUCGGUUUAUGUAAUGCCUUUGGAAACAGGUGGGAAGCCAGGACCCUCAAACAGCAACAGCAAACAGCUUUAGAAGAGUUGUUUGAACUGAAGACCCACAUAAUAUUUACACACAAGUAUGUAUAUUUAGAGAGAGAGAGUCCUCUGCACUGUGGAUAUGCUGUGAGGCCUGUUUUGAUAUUAAGUUCUACCUC